CAACCGGAGUGUUGUGAUUUCCGAGCUUGCAGCGGGUCCGUGAAGGCGGCAGCAGCCAGCCCCUCCGAGCAGCGGCAGUCAGCUGCGUGUUUACUUGCUUUGUCAGCGGUGUCCCCGCAGCACUUAUCUCAUGUCCCUCACCUGCUGCUGAUCAAACCUUGGACUUUUGUCUCCGCUGCGACUUAUCGCCUCGUCAGGACUCUUAUCAGCCGCCUCCUCUGCGUCUUGUCCGGCCUCUUUGCGGACCUUGAUCGGGGGGCACGUCGGGUUCACAGGGCUUUUUUUUUUUUUUUUUUUUUUUUUUUUUUCUAGCUUAACAGAAAGAUGACGUUAAAAUCCAAUAAAAACGAACCUGCUGUCAUACUGGAGCCGGUGAGCAGCGUCCGGACAGCCCUCUCCGAUCUCUACCUGGAGCAGCUCCUUCAAAACAAACCAAAGUCUGACAAGCAGGCGGCUAUGCAAACCUAUGAGAAUAAAGGAGCCGAGGUUUACACCAAUGGUAGUGCUCGACUCAUGAACGGCACAGAGCUGACCAGGAUGAAGGAAGUAGCGUUUGAAAAGAACCCCUCUGAGCCAAUGGGCGUCACUCUGAAAGUGAACGACAAACAACGGUGCACAGUGGCCAGAAUACUGCACGGGGGGAUGAUCCACAGACAAGGGUCUUUACACGAAGGCGAUGAAAUAGCAGAAAUCAACGGCAAAAGUGUGACGAACCAAACUGUGGAUCAGCUACAGAAGAUUCUGAAAGAAACCAACGGAGUCGUCACAAUGAAGAUCAUCCCCAACGUGCAGAGCCGGUCCCGAGCCUGUGAGAUGUACAUGAGGGCCCAGUUUGACUACGACCCGGCCAAGGACGACCUCAUCCCGUGCAAAGAAGCCGGUCUGAAGUUCCAAAACGGCGACAUCAUUCAGAUCAUCAACAAGCAGGAUCCCAACUGGUGGCAGGGCAGAGUGGAGAGCAACGCCGCCGACUUCGCUGGACUGAUACCUUCACCGGAGCUCCAAGAAUGGAGGGUGGCCAGUAAAAGCAAGGCCAGGGAGGGCAGCCAGUCCUGCAGCCCGUUCGGGAAGAAGAAGAAGUGCAAAGACAAGUACCUGGCUAAGCACAGCUCCAUUUUUGACCAGCUGGAUGUGAUUUCGUACGAGGAAGUUGUUCAGCUCCCUGCUUUUAAAAGGAAAACACUGGUGCUUAUCGGUGCACCUGGUGUGGGAAGGAGCCACAUCAAAAAUUCCCUGUUGACAAAAUACCCAGAGAAGUUUUCCUACCCUGCACCACACACCACCAGACCCCAGCGUAAGGACGAGGAGAACGGUCAGGAAUAUUACUUCAUCUCCAACGAAGCCAUGACCAAGAGCAUCUCCGGGAACGAGCUGCUGGAGUACGGCAGCUUCCAGGGAUUUAUGUUUGGCACCAAAAUCGAAACCAUCCAGAAGAUCCACGAGCAGGGAAAGAUCUCUCUGCUGGACGUAGAACCACAGACCUUGAAACUCUUGCGGACUGCUGAUUUUGCACCUCUGGUGGUGUUCAUCGCCCCGACCAACACGGCUCCCCAGACGGAAAACCUGCAGAUGAUCCAGAAGGAGUCUGACGCCAUUUUGACCACAUAUAGACACUUCUUUGAUGUGGUUCUCGUCAACAACGACGUGGAUGAAAGUGUUAAAGGUGUGGAGGAGGCCAUAGAGCGCGCCACCUCCACCCCACAGUGGGUGCCUGUAUCAUGGGUGUACUGAGAGAUGUCUGACACCAGUAUGAUACCGUUUGUUUUUUUUCUCUUGGAAAGCAGUGCAAUAUCACUCUUUACACGAAACCUCUGAGUUAGCCAUGUCCCAGAUAUGUGUGUGUGGGUUUUAUUUUUCAGUCACUGUUAAUUGUCACAGAGAUUUUCUGCACAAAUGCAUCCAAAAAAACCAACAAGCAAUAUGUUGAAAGCUUUAUUUCAGACAGUCCAGAACCUCACCAGGGAUGUUUCAUCACGUGGUUGUUUAGACAUUUGUGCUUGAGGCUUUUUGAAGGGUUAAGUUUUGGUGCCGCUCACGUUUGCGAUUGUUGGAAUGUUUAGAAAAUGCAAAACAGGACCACAACUGUGAAUGAAAUCCACUUUUUUUUUGAAAAACGUUGAUUCUGAAUUCUGUUUUCUCCGCUCUCGUUAGAUUGUCCCAUGAAAUAGAGAUUCUGUUGUGUUCAUGCAGUGUGUGCGUAACAUCGAUGACGUCCUCUACACGAACCCUUUUAAUGUUGACAACCUCGCGUGUCUCCUUUUAUCAAAAUUGUAUACCUCAUGGGGUACUGUAAAGGCACUUUCAAACAAAGAAAUAAAUUUCCCAGCUCUGUUA